GAGAUUGUGAUGUGGAUGUGAAUGGCUGAGCGUAUGCAGUGUUUCAAGAGCGUUGGAAAUAAAUCAUUUUAAUAAGAUAAGCACGUCAUAAUUCCUAAGUGAAAAACCAUUUGAGAACAUGAAAGCUUCAGUUUUAUUUCCUCAAUGGAAGAUGCAAUAAUAUAUUUUGAAGUUCUGAAAUAUCAUAAAUUUCCAUUCUGAAUUGUUGAUAUAUUAUGAUAUAAUAUUGGAAGUUAUUUUAUGCCAAAAAUGGAAUACCCAAUAGGCCAAAUUCCACAGUUUGCUACCAUAUUGAUGGAAAUAUUUCCUAAUACUGCUGCCCAUAUUAUCACUGAUGUGAUAAAUAUGGUGGAAGAACAAAAUCCAAAUGAUUGCUUUGAAGGAAAAAUUGAAAACAUGAUAAAUCUUUUGUCAGGGGAUGGUGCCCAGGGUCCUAUACCUGUCAUAGUAAAUCCUGUUGAUAUUCCGUCAUCUCGGACUGAUCAAUUACUUACAAACUUGUGCAACUUAUUCCCGGAUGCUUCUGAAUCCUUUCUCCGUACCUUUUGCGAGAAUAAACCUGUUGGAUAUACCUUAGAUGAUGCUGUGGAAGACAUCUUCGAGAAGGGUUAUGAUCGACGUGAGGUAGACCCCGUUACAAUAUGGGAACAACUGAAAAUUGCUCUACCCAACGCGGAUCCUGCCUACUUGAGAAGGGAGGCAGACAGAUUAGCGCCACUACCGAAACAAGACCUGGAUGAUUUUGUUCAAACUGCCAUCGAGAAGAAUGAUUAUCCUACCAUGCAGGAUUACUUAAAAACGAAAAAAGAAAGAGACAAAAUUGCAAUGUACAGUGAAACCUUCAAUAUGGAAAAAUUUUUGGACACCAUUCCAGACCCUGUAACAUUUUAUUCAGACCCAAAAAGGAAACUGUCUCUGGACGAAAAUUCUGACGAAAACGACGAAAAAUUCGCAUUGGAUUUCCUUUUCAACAAGUACAGAUUUAUAAGGAAAUUGUACAUUGAGCGGACAUUCAAAUGGAGCAAGAAAAAUUUGGUGGCCACUUGUGAUAGAUUGGAUAAAUUGGAUAGAAGUAUGAGAAAAGGCAGACUCCUAUUAGAACCUACCAAAGAUACAAAAAAUGUCUCCUUAUUGCAGGUGAUAACUUAUAUUAAAUACCGCAAGCAGAUCAAGAGAUUUUUAAAGAUGAAAGACGAAUCAUAUCGGCUUGCCAAAGAAGAAGCGAAAAAAUAUAAUCUUCUAGAAACUUGUCAAUGUUGUUUCGAUGACGAGCUGAUCCCUGAAGAAUGCUAUUUUUGCAUGAAAGAUUGUGUAUUCUGUAAAGACUGUGUAAAGAGAGGUGCUGAACAUGUCAUUGGGAAAGCAGAUAUCAAAUUCCCUUGUUUGGCCAACUGCGAGUCGGAAUUUGCUCUUCAUACCAUACAGAUGGUACUUCCGGUAAAGAUCUUCGCACGCCUCACCCAAAGAAUUUCAAGUGAGGAAAUAAAAAGAGCGAAUGUGGAGGGCUUAGAGACGUGUCCGUUUUGCGACUUUGCUAUGGUCCUGGAGAAAGAUGAUAAAAUCUUCAAGUGCAUCAACGAAGACUGUUUGAUAGAAUCUUGCAGGACUUGUCGCCAUAAAUCCCACAUUCCGUUGAGGUGCAACGAAAUUGAAUAUGACGAGGAUGUGAGACACAGAACCUACAUCGAGAAUAAAAUGACUGAAGCAUUGACAAGGACAUGUUACAAAUGCCAUAAAACGUUCAUAAAAACAAAUGGCUGUAACAAAAUGACAUGCGCCUGUGGUGCCAAGAUGUGUUAUCUGUGUGGAGCUGCUAUCAAUGACUAUUCACAUUUCAAUCCUGGAGGGUGCGCUCUCCAUACCAAUGACGUUGAAGUCAAUCUUCAGAGGAUUCUUCAGAGUGCGGAACAAGCCAAACAAGAGCUUGGCAAUGUAGAAAUAAAAAAAGAUCCUUCUGUUGGUAUUCGUGAGUAUUAUCUGGGCACUCCUAGUGAAGGCUGACCGGAUUUGUUUUAUUAUAUUAUUGUAUUGGAACCAUGUGAUAUGAUUCGUAAGUGCCAAUGUUUCGGAACAUUUUGUGUAUGAUACAGAGAAAAUACUGUUCACAAAUUCAACUUUCAACUUCUAAGAUAGCCGAGUGAUUUUUAAUGGGUUUGCAGCUUCUUUCUGGAUAAUUUCUUGGACGAACUUUUUGUUUACUUCCAGCUUAUACCGGCUGUAACAGGAUGAUGGUACACCCCCUUUGUCUCCUUUAGCUUUAUAGAUAAAUGAUUGAAAUUUGGAAUGACCCAUCAACUUGAUGAACGUCAUGUUCUGACGUAAAUAUGUUUCGUUUUCCACUACUGGUUUCACAGGAAGUAGUAAUAACUUUCGAUUUUCAAAUGUAACACCCUGUAUAUCAUUACAUUUCCGAAUUCUGCACCAUUUUCUGAAUCCAAUGAUACCAAAUAGGUGACAAUUCAAACUUCAAUAUUGAUUUUAAUUCCAUUUUUGAUUUUCCAUCUGAUUGUGCCAUGACUAUGCUGAUCAAGUCUGAUGUACUUAUAUCGACAGGUAUCACGAAAUUAAGUUUAUCAAAAUGGUUUGGUGUACCAUGAUCCUGUUACAUCCGGUAUAUAGUAUCCUGGCGGCUAUGAGAAAUUGCCGGAAAUGAACAGGACAAUAAUACCUUAUUCAUAACAAAAAACUCAUCUGCAGGAAAAAUUGCAGUCCCCGAGAUUUUUCAUGAAUCAUCAAAUUAGAUAAAGCACGUUUCAAUAUUUCUAUCAGGUCUGAGGCUGACAAAUUUUUUCGACUUUAUCAAACUUAUUCCGUUUUUUUUUGGUUUCCCAGAUAUUCAUAUUUGUCGGUGAAAAGCUUCAUACUUUAUGCAACUCAAUCAUCUGGGUAAUAUGAGUGAACAUUAAUUGUUAAUUUAUGCAUAACUCAACUUUCCUAACUCGAAAAUGAGGAAGUAUCCUUUAAUGAAAUUAUUAAUUUUUCGUAAAAUUUUGGAGAAGACUGAUUACUUGUUUUUUACUGCAUUUGUUGGCGGUACAUUUAGAAAAACUCCUCUGCCAUUUGGUUGAAAAUGAAAAUAUGAUAUUAUUACCACUUCAUAUCUGAUAUGCAAUCACAUUGUUAAUAAUUAUGGCUUUGAACAAAAUGAUGGACAUCGCCACUUUGAAAUUGAAAUAAAAUGUAAUAAUAUUCAUCAACAAACUUAAUCAGGGUAUUUUUUUUGGGUUUCUCACAUAUUUAUAUUUGUCGGUGAAAAGCUUCAUAUUUUGUGCAUCUCAAUCAUCUAAACAUUAAUAGUUAAUUUAUGCACAACUUAACUUACUCCUAACUUGAAAAUGGGAAAGUUCCCUAUAAUGAAAUUAUUAUUUUUUCGUAAAAUUUUGGAAAAGACAUUGAUCACUUGUGUUUUCCUAAUUUUUUUGAUGGUACAGUUAGACUUCAGAAAAACUCGUCUGCCAUUUGGUUGACUUACACACUGAAAAUACGAUAUUAUUACCAGUCUAUAUCUGAAAUGUAAUCACAUUAUUAAUAAUUAUGGCUUCGAACAAAAUAGUGGACAUCGCCACUUCGAAAUUGAAAUAAAAUAUCAUAAUAUAAGAUUCUCAUUAAUGGUAUCCUAACGGAUUCUGUCACUUUUUUCGAAAAUGUUAUAGAUUAUAUCUGGCAACAGCGCAUUAUUCCUCAAGUUACACUGACACGAGUUUAAUCGUGAAUUCAAAGUUGAUUCAGGAGUAAGUUGAGUCAUGCAUGAAUUCACCAUAUUAAGAUGGUAGAUAACUGAUCAAUAUGAUUCAAUAAAUGGGGAACCUAGUGAUAUACAUAUAACAAUAAUUAUUAUAUGGAAUGUUAUUGAUAUUUUAUUUUAUACAUAGGUAGUAAGCAUUGGGUUAUAUUAUCGUUAAUGAUGAAUAAUAAAUAAGCAUAUUUUUUUUUUCAAAUCUUUUUAUAAUGUUUAAGUCAUUGAAGAAAAAUUAUAAGUGUACCUGCUGUUACAAAUUCGCGGCCCACUAUUACAAUCUAAUAAGUUACAACUACUUCUGGAGAUGAACCGAUAUCUAGUUGGCUAUUUUGUUUUGAUUUUUUACUGGCCCCCUGUAAUGAGAUGGACCAGCACAAGAUUGCAGUCUCAGAUUUGAAAUCCGACAUUUCAGCUUGAAGCCCUCAUUAUCAACUCAAUUAAGCAAACUACCUAGCUGCUUAUUUUCUAGUCAAUUUGGCAUCUAAUUAAAAAAUUAAAAGUUAACAAAACAAAUAAUAGUAUAUUACACACCGAGGAGGGAAGAGAUUCAUUCCUGUUGUGAGAUUAGUUAGUUAACCGAGACGCAAAGCGUUGAGGUUAGCUAUGAUCUCGAGACAGGAAUGAAACUUCCUACCGAGGUUUGUAUAGGUCGCGUGCACGAUGACCGACCCUGGAGGCAAAAUAUUGAAACACAACCUCAUUCUUCUGUGAAUUAUUGAAACACAACCUCUCUUUUUUACUUGGUUACAGAGGAAUCAAAGGAUUGAACUAGUUUUUCACAAUAUUUUGGCAUACGAAUCGUGUUUUUUGCGCUAUUCAUUAAUUCGAGCAUGCCUUCGCAUUGUGCUGUUGUACAAUGCACAAAAAUGCAGAAAGAGACUAAAGAAUAUGAUUUUUCAGGUAAAUAGUAAUCUCACAUAGUUAUCAUUAUGAAAUGUUGUCAUUCCUUAUUAAAAUUCCUUCUGCCUUCUGUCACUUCUGCAAUACAAGCUAAUACUGCUAAUAGAUUGAAAAUGUCUACAACACACACGAUCGUCAGCAUGUCAGACCAGUCCUCCCGAUUGAUUGCAUGAAUCCAAUUUUCUGGCAUUAUUUUAGAAAUUUCAGAUGUAUUUCUAUUAGCUUCUAUCGCAGAAAGAAUUCCGAUGAGAAAUCAGAGAAAUUACCAAAUUUCAAAAAUGAAAACUUCAUUAUGUGAGUGACUAUAGUAGGUACUUACUUUUGAAUCAUAUUGUACCAACCGGAUUACUUCGUCUUCCGCUGCAGUUUUUGUGCAUUUCACAACAGCAUAAUGUGAUGGCAUGAGCGAAUUGAUGAAUAGCGGAAAAAUACGAUUCGUAUGUCAAAAUAAUUGUGAAAAACUAUUUCAAUCACUUGUAAACAAAUAAGUAAAGUGACGUUUGUGUUUCAAUAUUUUGCCUCCAGUGUCGGUCAUCUGACAGUUCUUGCACGCAACCCAUACUUUUAUAUUUACAACCAUAUUAUUAUGUAAUGUUGUCAUUCCUAAUAACGUCAUCGAAGGUUGGGAACUUGUUCACUGUCGCAAACCGUUCUCUCUCCUUAGAGCUCUACAUUUUUCAAAUAAUUAUUGAACCUCAUGAUAUUUCAUAACAUAAGAAACGUUGAACGUCGCGUGAACUGAAUUCUUAUUUUCUAUGUAGAAUCUGGAAUUUUAAUAUAAUAGAUAUACGGCGUAAAUUCGACUAGUGUGUACACAUUACUGAUUCCAAUGAGCCUCAAAUUUGUAACACUAUAUAUUUUAUGUACACUGCACUUAUGCAUUGUAAUUGAUGAUAAUUUUAAUUUACAAAAUGAAUUACUUCUAUCUACCUUCCUUGAUAUAAUUUUGUAAUGUAAAAACUGAAACUGAAAUAUUUCAUUAGAACUGUACUGAAUCAGUUAUGCGUUCUUUCAGAUGACGUUGAUCAGGUACAAUGCAUGUAUACAUGUCAACUGUUUCAGUUCAGUUCAAGUGAAUGAAUAACACUAAUGAUAAAUUCAUGUCAUUGAAUGGUUGCCAAAAUAGUGAAGAAAAUGUGGGGUGAUAUUAGGUGAUUUAAUGUCAAUAUAUUUUUUUAAUUAUUUCAAUAAGUUGUAGAUUAUAAUAAUAUAAUAGUGAUUUUUUUAAAAGGGAAACAGCCCUGUAUUCUAGAGCUAAUUGAAAUUAGACUGUGUGUUAUCAGUUAUGGUUUCCGAAAUUAAUAUCCGAUUCUUCCGGUUUCACUGGUAAUUAUAUCAACUUUUAAAUUCCGAAUUGAAAACCUUGUUUCUUUCUUCUCAUCUGGUAUAUCCAAUCAAUUCUGGAAAAAUUUUCUGAUGGAACAAUAGAUAUAGAUGACUUCCAAACCAAUCAAAAGUUACUGCUGACAGUUGACAAUUUGAAAUUUGAUUAAUUUACGAGUGCAUUUUUCUAUUUGAUACACUAUGAUAUACAGGGUGUAAUUUAAUCAAUGGCUAAAAAUAUAGGAUAUGGUUCCUUAGCUCAUUUUAAGUAGAAAACAUAUGCCCUGAACAUCUCAAAUUUCGAGCUAUAGGGUGUUGAAAUUUGAAGGAAAAAAUCGUUUAGUUGUCAUAACCUCAAUGCUGCUCUAGUUAUUUUCAUAAAAUUUAACAUGGGCCUACUAAGCACCAAUAGGCAUAUUUUGAUGUGGUAGAUUUUCUCUACCAUGGCGUCCGUAUGGGAUGUUUGCUGGAGAUUUUUCCUAAAAACUAUUGUACCUUGCUCUUUCUUUCUGGAUUUCGAAAAUUGUCAUCUCCGAUGAAACUGGAAGAUUUAAAGCUUAUGACCUCAACAUAUUAAAAUAAUGAGAAUCCUAUAACCUAAUAAUUUCGAUUUUAUAGUACAUACAUGGCUGUUCAUUUUUCCUGUACCCGUAUUAAUUAAGGUAAUGAGUUGGUAUUGAAACUUCAUGUAUUAUUUGUUUUGUAAUUAAAUAUUAUAUUCAG